GCUUGCGCGGCGAGUAGAACGUGUGGAUCGCGUCUCUUCUUUUGCUACCAGUUUUGCUGCUGCUGCUCUUGUGAGCGCCCAGCGCAUCCGUACUGUCCAUCGCCCGCAGCCCGCCGCCUGCCUGCUCCUCACUGCGGCCACCUCUCACCAACACCGACACCCAUAUUGACACCUCCAGUCCGGCCGUCUGUGCCACUCGUUGCCUUGCCAUCUUCACACAUGGCCUCCUCCGCGCAGAGCGGCUGCUCCUCCGGGGGACCCGCGGUCCCCACCGUGCAGCGGGGGAUCGUCAAGAUGGUCCUCUCAGGGUGUGCCAUCAUUGUCCGAGGGCAGCCUCGUGGUGGGCCUCCUCCUGAAAGGCAGAUCAACCUGAGCAACAUUCGAGCUGGAAACCUUGCCCGCCGGGCAGCUGCCACACAACCUGACUCAAAAGAUACCCCUGAUGAGCCCUGGGCAUUUCCUGCUCGAGAGUUCCUUCGGAAGAAACUGAUUGGGAAGGAAGUCUGUUUCACGAUAGAAAACAAGACUCCCCAGGGGCGAGAGUAUGGCAUGAUCUACCUUGGAAAAGAUACCAAUGGGGAAAACAUUGCAGAAUCUCUGGUUGCAGAGGGCUUGGCCUCCCGGCGAGAAGGCAUGAGAGCCAAUAGUCCUGAGCAGAACCGGCUUUCUGAAUGUGAGGAACAAGCGAAAGCAGCUAAGAAAGGGAUGUGGAGCGAGGGCAGUGGUUCACAUACUAUCCGGGACCUCAAGUAUACCAUUGAAAACCCACGGCACUUUGUGGACUCACACCACCAGAAGCCUGUCAAUGCUAUCAUCGAGCACGUGCGGGACGGCAGUGUGGUACGGGCCCUGCUUCUCCCAGAUAACUACCUGGUUACAGUCAUGUUGUCAGGGAUCAAGUGCCCAACUUUUCGACGGGAAGCAGAUGGCAGUGAAACACCAGAGCCUUUUGCCGCAGAAGCCAAAUUUUUCACCGAGUCGCGAUUGCUUCAGAGAGAUGUUCAGAUUAUCUUGGAGAGCUGCCACAACCAGAAUAUUCUGGGUACCAUUCUUCAUCCAAAUGGCAACAUCACAGAGCUCCUCCUGAAGGAAGGUUUUGCGCGCUGUGUGGAUUGGUCCAUUGCAGUUUACACUCGGGGUGCAGAAAAGCUGAGGGCAGCUGAGAGGUUUGCCAAAGAACACAGGCUGAGAAUAUGGAGAGACUAUGUGGCUCCCACUGCUAACUUGGACCAAAAGGACAAGCAGUUUGUCGCCAAGGUGAUGCAGGUGCUGAAUGCUGAUGCCAUUGUUGUGAAGCUAAACUCUGGUGACUACAAGACCAUUCACCUGUCCAGCAUCCGACCACCGAGGCUGGAGGGGGAGAACACUCAGGAUAAGAACAAGAAGCUACGUCCCCUGUAUGACAUUCCCUACAUGUUUGAAGCCCGGGAGUUUCUUCGAAAGAAACUUAUUGGGAAAAAGGUCAAUGUGACUGUGGACUACAUUAGAUCAGCCAGCCCAGCCACAGAGACGGCACCUGCCUUUUCAGAACGCACCUGUGCCACUGUCACCAUCGGAGGAAUAAACAUUGCCGAGGCUCUUGUCAGCAAAGGUCUAGCCACAGUGAUCAGGUAUCGGCAGGAUGAUGACCAGAGAUCCUCACACUAUGAUGAGCUGCUUGCUGCAGAGGCCAGAGCUAUUAAGAAUGGCAAAGGAUUGCAUAGCAAGAAGGAAGUGCCUAUCCAUCGUGUCGCAGACAUAUCUGGGGAUACCCAAAAGGCAAAGCAGUUCCUGCCGUUUCUUCAGCGGGCAGGUCGUUCUGAAGCCGUGGUGGAAUAUGUCUUCAGUGGUUCUCGCCUCAAACUCUAUUUGCCAAAGGAAACCUGCCUUAUCACCUUCUUGCUUGCCGGCAUUGAAUGCCCCAGAGGAGCCCGAAACCUCCCAGGCUUGGUGCAGGAGGGAGAGCCCUUCAGUGAGGAAGCAACACUUUUCACCAAGGAACUGGUGCUGCAGCGAGAGGUAGAGGUGGAGGUGGAGAGCAUGGACAAGGCCGGCAACUUCAUCGGCUGGCUGCACAUCGACGGCGCGAACCUGUCUGUCUUGCUGGUGGAGCACGCGCUCUCCAAGGUCCACUUCACGGCUGAGCGCAGCUCCUACUACAAGUCCCUGCUGUCUGCCGAGGAGGCCGCCAAGCAGAAGAAAGAGAAGGUCUGGGCCCACUACGAGGAGCAGCCCGUGGAGGAGGUGCUGCCGGUGCUGGAGGAGAAGGAGAGAUUGGCCAGCUACAAGCCAGUGUUUGUGACCGAGAUCACUGACGACCUACACUUCUACGUGCAGGAUGUGGAGACCGGUACCCAGCUGGAGAAGCUGAUGGAGAACAUGCGUAAUGACGUUGCCAGCCACCCCCCUGUAGAGGGCUCCUACUCCCCCCGCAGGGGAGAAUUCUGCAUUGCCAAAUUUGUAGAUGGAGAAUGGUACCGCGCCCGAGUUGAGAAAGUGGAGUCUCCUGCCAAAGUACACGUCUUCUACAUUGACUACGGCAAUAGAGAGAUCCUGCCAGCCACCCGCCUGGGUACCCUGCCACCUGCCUUCAGCACUCGCGUGCUGCCUGCUCAAGCCACAGAGUAUGCCUUCGCCUUCAUCCAGGUGCCCCAAGAUGAGGAUGCUCGAACCGACGCCGUGGACAGCGUGGUCCGGGACAUCCAGAAUACUCAGUGCCUGCUCAAUGUGGAACACCUGAGCGCUGGCUGCCCCCACGUCACCCUGCAGUUUGCUGAUUCCAAGGGGGACGUGGGCCUGGGCUUGGUGAAGGAGGGGCUGGUCAUGGUGGAGGUGCGCAAGGAGAAGCAGUUCCAGAAAGUGAUCACAGAAUACCUGAAUGCCCAGGAGUCAGCCAAGAGUGCCAGGCUGAACCUGUGGCGCUACGGGGACUUCCGAGCCGAUGAUGCAGAUGAGUUUGGCUACAGCCGCUAAGGAGGGCGUCGAGUCUACCCCCAGCACCACUCAUGCCAACACCUCUUCCUCUGCUGGGAAAGGGUUUUCAACUCAAGAACCCAGAGAGGGGGUGUAGGUUGGGUUCAGCUUUGCUUCAGCGUAUGGGAAUGUCUUGUCGGGUGGAAUCUGGGCCAGGGGUGGGGUGGAAGGAGCCAGAGGCCUUCUGGAGGCAGGGCCCUUGUCCUCUGGUUGACAGCACUGCCACCCGUAGUAUCUCCCAAAAGAGAUUUCGUGUUUUUAUUUGGAGGUUCAUGGGUUUUUGUUUUUUGUUUUUUGUUUUUAAUUGUCUUCAAAUCAGGAAGAAACAUGAAAGACUGUCCUAGUGGAAGGAGUCAUCCUGGCAGCCAAGGCCAGCUGCCAGCCAACUCCCCACCACUGUCCCAGACUGCCCUUCUUCCCCCAGCUCUGUCCAGCUGUUGAUUAUGUGAUUUCUCCGAUAUGUCCAUUUUCAAAUGCCAACGUGUCCAUAUCUGUCCCCUCAUCAGUCCUCCCCCAUUCUGUAUUUAAAGCUUUUGAGGCCUAAUAAAAUAGUACAUGCUGUC